AACAGCGUCAAGCUCGUACUGCCCCCGGGCUGGUCCUGUAUCUCAACUCACUAUCACACAUACAGAACCACCGAAAGAAGCCAACCUGCAGCCGAUCCCGGACAUUCCCACCCAUUUUCCUCCCUCCGUGGAUUUGUCAUUCACAUGUGGCAUUUAACCCAGCCACUUGGAGGAGGAGGAGGAGGAAGAAGAUGAAGAUGAUGACGGCGCUGUGAAUGGGACACACCAGCAACACGGAGGCAGCAUCGCCUUUCCUCACACAAAACACGCCGAGGUUUGCGCACCGGCUACCGGGUCCAGCGUGUGCGCUCUGCCGGGGCCCGGCGCGCGUCGUCUGGGUGGACUGACCGAGCAGGAUGGAGGCGUUCUUUACGGAGGGGGCCCGUGUUUGGGUCCGGGAGAAGGAACAACUGGUUCCAGCCACGGUUAACUCUUGUGGAGAUGGAACCCUCGUUGUUACUACUGACUAUGGCGAGGUGCUGUACCUGCAGCAGGCUGAGGUCACCAGGGAGCGUGUGUAUGCCAUGCACCAGUCCAGCAUUGACGGCGUGGAGGACAUGUCGUCGCUGGCCGAGCUGCACGAGGCGGCCAUCAUGCACAACCUGUACCAGCGCUACCAGAAAGAUCACAUUUACACAAAUAUCGGUAGCAUCCUGGCUGCCGUCAACCCCUACAAACAGAUCUCAGGUCUGUAUGACCCGGAAAGGGUGGAAUUGUACUCCAAGCACCAGCUGGGGGAGCUCCCACCUCACAUCUUUGCCAUCGCCAACGAAUGCUACCGCUGCAUCUGGAAACGCCAUGACAGCCAGUGUGUCCUCAUCAGUGGUGAGUCUGGAGCCGGGAAGACAGAAAGCACCAAACUGUUGCUCCAGUUCCUGUCGGUGAUGAGCCAAAACUCUGCCGGGACGCCGCCAUCAGAGAGAACCACACGAGUAGAGCAGGCCAUUGUGCAGAGCAGUCCUAUCAUGGAAGCCUUCGGGAAUGCCAAGACUGUUUACAACAACAACUCGAGUCGCUUUGGGAAAUUCAUCCAGCUUCACUUCUCUGAGAGCGGCAACAUCCAAGGAGGCUGCGUCAUCGAUUAUUUACUAGAAAAGAAUCGAGUGGUGCGACAGAACCCCGGAGAACGCAACUACCACAUCUUCUACGCGCUCUUGGCGGGAGCUAACAAAGAGCAUAAAAGUCUCUACUUCCUGGAGGAUCCGGCCGAGUCUUUCCAUUACCUCAGCCAGUCAGGUUGUCUCAAGGACAAGAGUCUGAACGACAAAGAGCUGUUUAACAGCGUUAUGGAGGCGCUGAAGGUUCUGGAGUUCAGCGAGGAGGAGAUCAGAGACAUGUUCAAGCUCCUGUCCGGUGUCCUUCAGCUUGGCAACAUCGAGUUCAUGACAGCAGGAGGAGCCCAGAUCACCACCAAGCAAGUGGUGACCAAUGCUAGUGAGCUUCUGGGCCUCGAUGCCUUCCAGCUCUCCGAAGUGCUGACUCAGCGCUCCAUCAUCCUCAGAGGGGAGGAGAUUUGCUCCCCGCUCACUAUCGAGCAGGCAGUGGAUUCCCGGGAUUCGGUCGCAAUGGCGUUAUAUUCCCAAUGUUUCUCCUGGAUCAUUCUUAAGAUCAACCAGAAGAUUAAAGGGAAGGAAAACUUUAAGUCUAUUGGUAUCCUGGACAUCUUUGGCUUUGAGAACUUUGAGGUAAAUCGCUUCGAGCAGUUCAACAUCAACUAUGCCAACGAGAAGCUCCAGGAGUACUUCAACAAGCACAUCUUCUCCUUGGAGCAGCUUGAGUACAACAGGGAGGGUGUUCAGUGGGACGCCAUCGACUGGAUGGAUAACGCAGAGUGUCUCGAUCUCAUAGAGAAGAAACUGGGUCUGUUGGCUCUUGUGAAUGAAGAGAGUCGCUUCCCCAAAGGAACAGACUUCACUCUCCUGGAGAAGUUACACAGCAGACAUUCCACCAAUCCAUACUAUGUCAAACCCAGACUGGCUGACCAUCAGUUUGGUAUCAAACAUUAUGCCGGAGAGGUCCUGUACGACGUCAAAGGGAUUUUGGAGAAGAACAGAGACACUUUCAGAGAUGAUAUCCUAACCAUGCUUAAAGACAGCAGACUGGACUUCAUCUAUGACCUGUUUGAGAAGGUGGGCAGCAGGAACAACGAGGAGAAGAUGGGAACGGCCAGACGCAAGCCGACCGUCAGCUCCCAGUUUCGAGACUCCCUCCAUGCGCUCAUGGCCACUCUGAGUGCAUCCAAUCCCUUCUUUAUCCGCUGCAUUAAGCCCAACAUGGAAAAGAAUCCUAACAUAUUUGACCCGGAGGUCGUCCUCAAUCAGCUGAGGUACUCUGGAAUGUUGGAGACAGUAAAGAUUCGUCGUGCCGGGUUUCCUGUGCGGAGAACUUUUAAAGACUUCUUCAUGCGGUACAAGAUCGUUUCCAACGAGAAAGUUGCUUCAGCGGGAGACGACAAGAAGAGAAGCACAGAUCUUCUAAUCCGAUAUGACAAGACCAAGAAAGAGUGGCAGCUGGGGAAGACCAAAGUGUUUAUGAAGGAGUCUCUGGAGCAACGUCUGGAGAAAGACCGUGACGAAGUGCGACGGCAGGCCGCCAUGAUCAUACGAGCUCACCUGCUCACUUUCUCAGCCAAGAAACACUUCAAGCGAGUACGUGCCAGCACCGUCACCCUCCAGAAGCACCUUCGCAGGCACAUCCAGCGCAGGCGCUUCGUCAAGCAACGCAAAGCGGCCUUGGUGUUGCAGACGCAUCGGAGAGGUCAGGUGGCCAGGACUCGAGUCAGGAAGCUUCGAGAGGAAAAGAGGAAGAAGGAAGAGGAGGAGAGGAAGAAGGAUAAGGAUGAGAAAGAAGGGAUGAAGACAGAGGGUGACAUGAAGCAGGAGGAUGAUGAGGAGGAAGGUGCCAAAAGCAAGAAUAAAUCCUCUGAGGAUGAGGCGCGUCAGAUGGAGGAGAUCCUGCAGCUGGAGCGCGAGAUCGAACGCCUGCAGAAGAAGCGAGAAGAUGAGGUGUCACAGCUGUGUGAAUCAUCCAAGCAGGAGCUUCAGCUCCGACGCGAUGCCGAGCUUAAGCGCAUGAAAAAGGAGGCGUCCCGCAAGGCCACAAGCCUCGUUGACCUCCUCAACUUCAGCGUGGCGGACCCAGGCCUAGUGGAUGCAACGGCGAAGCCCAAAGUAGAACCGAAAGGUGCUAAGGCUGCCAAUGCCGUGCCAGCUGGUGCGGCGAAAGAUGAGGAGGUGGACGAGGGUUUCCACGCCGAGGAGGAGUGCAUCCCACUUCCUGACUUUCCUCCCCCGGCAGAGACAGACACACCCAUGGAUCAGGCCAUCUUUACUCACCUCCCACCACCUCCACCUGCGUUCGCUGAAGGCAUGGUACCUCCAGAACCUCCAACGGCACCUCCGCUUUCUGCCGCCGCCACUUCAGUCCCACCUCCUCCACCACCUUUACCGCCAACAGGCGAUGACGCCGCCACCGCCCCAGAGAGGAAAGUGAGCAUGGUGGACAGUCUGGUGGACGGCGAGGAGCCCAUCUAUAGCAUGCCCGCCGACACAGAGUCCGACUAUGACCAGGAGGAGGAGGAAGGCUCGGUCACGGCCGGGGAUGACAGCUCCGUGUCGGGGAGCAACCGUGGCAGCGCCGCCGUCACGGACGAGGAGCACCCACGCAAGUCCACCUGCACCAACGCCAGCAUGGAGUCCUACAGAGGCAGCUCUGACUCUGUGAGGACACACACUUACACGCAUGUGUACACGCGUGCACGCAGACAUUAUGCAGGCAGCGAUGACGAGCACGACGGUAUGAUGGACACGGACGAGGAAGUGACAAACGGACGCGUGACCGUGUUUAACGGAAACGGGCCGCCAUAUUUCCACGGCUACCUAUACAUGAAGGCUGGUCUGAUGAUCCCCUGGCGGCGGCGCUGGUGCGUUCUAAAAGACGAGACCUUCAUGUGGUUCCGCUCCAAACAAGAGUCCCUCAAGUCGGGCUGGCUCUACAAGAAAGGAGGAGGCCUGUCCACCCUCUCACGCAGGUUAAAUUGGAAGAUGCGCUGGUUUGUACUGAGGGACAGCAAGCUAAUGUACUACGACAACGACAGCGAGGAGAAGCUGAAGGGAACCAUCGACAUCCGAGCCGCAAAAGAGAUUGUCGACAACCACGAGAAGGAGAAUGCUCUGAACAUCGUGACGGACGAGAGGACCUACCAGGUGUUUGCAGAGUCACCAGAGGACGCCAGUGGGUGGUUUAACGUGCUCAGUAAAGUGCGGGUGUGCACACCGGAGCAGCUGCUGGAGAUGUCCCAUGAACAAGCCAAUCCCAAGAACGCAGUGGGGACGCUUGACGUGGGCCUGAUUGACUCCGUCUGCGCAUCUGACAAUCCUGAUCGGCCCAACUCCUUUGUGAUCAUCACGGCCAACCGUGUGAUCCACUGCAACAGCGACACGCCCGAGGAGAUGCACCACUGGAUCAGUCUGCUGCAGAAACCCAAAGGAGAUGCCCGGAUUGAUGGCCAGGAGUUCCUCGUUCGAGGUUGGCUCCAAAAGGAGGUGAAGACCAACGCCAAGAGCACCUCCCUGAAGCUGAAGAAGCGCUGGUUCGUCCUCACUCAGAGCUCCCUGGAUUAUUACAAGAGCGCUGAGCGCAACUCGUCCAAAAUGGGAACGCUGGUCCUGAACUCGCUAUGCUCCAUUAUCCAGCCUGACGAGAGAGUGCACAGGGAGACAGGAUACUGGAACAUCAUAGUCUACGGAAGGAAACAUUCCUACCGCCUCUACACCAAAAUGCUGAAUGAGGCCAUGAGAUGGACGGCCGCCAUACAAGGCGUCAUCGACAGCAAGACCCCCAUUGAGACCCCGACUCUACAGCUCAUCAGAGACAUCAAGGAGAACAGCGUCAAUCCAGAAAUAGUGGAGCAGAUGUACAGGAGGAACCCCAUCCUCAGAUACACGCAGCAUCCUCUGCAUUCGCCACUGCUGCCACUACCGUACGGCGAGGUCACCAGCCUGCAAAGGCAGCAAGGCUACGCCAGCCUGCAGGACGAAGCAGUGAGGGUCUUCAACUCGCUGCAGGAAAUGGAGACACUGGCCGACACGGUGCCCAUCAUCCAGGGCAUCCUGCAAACCUGCCAGGAUCUGCGCCCUCUCAGGGAUGAGGUUUAUUGCCAGGUGAUCAAGCAGACCAAUCAUGUGCCUCAGCCCAACAGCCCAGCCAAUCGGGCACACUGGCAUCUCCUCACCUGCAUGAGCUGCACCUUCCUCCCCAGUCGCGCCAUCCUCAGAUAUCUGCGCUUCCAUCUCAAGAGGGUGCGUGAGCGUUACCUCGCCACUGAGAUCGAGCGCUACGCCACUUUCAUCGGCGAAUCCCUGAAGAAGACCAAGACUCGGGAGUUUGUGCCCUCACAGGAGGAGAUUGCAGCCCUGCUGGUGAGACAGGAGAUGAGCACCACUGUUUACUGUCACGGGGGAGGGUCCUGCAAGAUCUCCAUCAACUCCCACACUACAGCAGGAGAGGUUGUAGAUAAGUUGAUCCGAGGUUUGGCCAUGGAGGACAGCAAGAACCUUUUUUCGCUUUUUGAGCACAAUGCUGUCACGGAUCGCGCGCUGGAGAGCAGAGUCAUCGUGGCAGAUGUUUUGGCCAAGUUUGAAAGGCUUGCCGGUAGUGAGGAAGAGGAGGAAGAGGGAGAAUGGAAGCUUUACUUUAAGCUCUACUGUUUCCUGGAUGUGGAGAGCAUGCACAAAGAAGGAGUGGAGUUUGCCUUCAUGUUUGAGCAGGCCCACGAGUCUCUCAUCAGCGGACACUUCCCGGCAUCUGAGGAGACUCUACAGCACCUGGCUGCGUUACGUCUCCAGUACCUCCACGGUGACGGGGCGGGUCGGGCUGGCUGGAGCCUGGGGAGCGUCUAUCCCAUUGGACGUCUUCGCAGUCGCAUCAUACACUCCACCAAACCCGGCGUGGGGUCAGCUGGUGGAGCUGGAGGAGCAGGAGCGGCAGAUGGAAAAGCGAUGGCGGGGGGGCCGAGCGCUGUCCUCGGCCCUGGGGUAGAGAAAAGGAAGACGCCCAGCUUCCUGGAUGGCACCCUGAGAAGGAGCUUCAAGACGGGGUCGCUGAAGAAGCAGAAGGUGGAGGAGGAGCAGAUGCUGGAGAUGUGGGUGAAGGAGGAAACGUCGGCCACUCGCACCAGCGUCCUGGAGAAGUGGACGCGCUUGCAGGGCAUGGCACAGCACCAGGCCAUGCUCAAGUACAUGAGCAUCAUCAAGGAGUGGCCCGGUUAUGGAUCCACCCUCUUUGAUGUGGAGUGUAAAGAAGGCGGCUUCCCUCAUGACUUGUGGCUUGGCGUGAGCGCUGACAACUUGUCCGUUUACAAGCGAGGUGAACCCAAACCUCUGGAGACCUUCCAGUACGAACACAUCACCUUCUUUGGAGCGUCGCAGCUCUGCACCUACAAGAUCAUUGUGGACGAAAGGGAGAUGUUCUUUGAGACUCCUCUGGUUGGCGAGAUCACCAAGAUCAUGAGGGCGUACAUUAACAUGAUGGUGAAGAAACGCUGCAGCAUCAUGUCAGUCACCAGCGUUGCCAGCUCGUGGGUCAGGUGAUUGCCGCCGGCCAAUGAGACCUCGGUUUCUCCACAGCGGCAGUCGACGCCACCACAGCCACAUCGCUUUUGUUUGGUUGGAUUUGACACAGGCGGACGCACCAAGUUAAUGGUGAGAGUAGAUUUCCGAGCGUGAAAAGUGGACACUAAAGCUGAAGGGAUCAGUGGGAUUGGGAUGAAUCCAUUUUCAAAUGGAUUGUUUUCAUUCAAGCGUGACACAUUCAGUAAAACUGAUUUUGGUCCUUGGUCUUUUCACAUACAGUCCACGACUCCAGUUGUAGUCCUUGCAUGUAGAUGUUCAAACACACUCCCAACUUAUCUGAUUCCCUUCUUUUUGGGCCACAAGCACAAAGCAUUGAUUGUCCGACCAGUCCCACUUUGACCCAGGAUCCAGGUUAGUACCUUUUUCCUAGGACCUGUGAGCAUUCUCUCCCAGGACUCCCUCAAAAACCUGGCAGGGACCUUGGUAGGGACCUGGGUUAGACUUCCCAUCCAGGUCCCCUUCGGGAGUGCAGAAGCAACCUACAUGGACCCAGUGGGCUUACGUCCCUAGGACCUGCUGCAAUUGCCUCCCUCCUAACGGGACUCCCGCCCCCAGACCUCCCUCUCAGGAACUUCCCCCAGGAUCCCUCAGGACUCUGUUGGGGGACCCACCAGGGGUAGCCUCUCUUCCAGGAACUUCUCCGCUAUGAGCCAGGCUAGAGCUACUUCAUGGAACCUGUCAAGCGAGGCCUGUCUUCCAGGAUCCCUUAGUUAGUACAUGACUGGGUGUGACCAUCCCGGGGCCGCCUCCUUCCCAAGACAGAAAUUCUGCUUUUGGCUCUUGGAGUUUCUCUCUCUCUCUCUCUCUCUCUCUCUCUCUCUCUCUCUCUCUCUCCCUCUCUCCAUUCGUCCUCACUCCUGUCACUCAUUUCAUUUGACACUAUUAUGUUAUCUUACAUUCUUGCUUGCUUCUGCUCUCUGUGUCUAUGUGUGACGUCACUUCUCUUGCGUCUAUUGUGGAGGGGUGGUGACUCACUCUAUUCACCAGCGCCACUGUGUGGCCGCAGAAAGAAACUACAGCCAAAAAGCAAGCCGCUUUGGCGGUGGCAAGGAUUUCCCCAGUCAAGUUGUGUGUGUGUGUGUGUGUGUGUGUGUGUGUGUGUGUGUGAUUUGGCUGUAUAGUCACACACACAUUAAAAUGUAUCGUUUUUGUACCGUCUAAUAAUAAUAAGAGUUAAUAUUUAAUUGAAUUUUCGGGUGUUCCCAGCACUGUACAGCCUCUAUGUAGUGUAAGAUACAAGCAAUUAAAGGGCGUUAAUAGGGAUGCUGCACAUAUUUACUGGCAGUGCCAUUCAUUCACUGUGACUCACGGUGUUUUUCAUGGAUUCAUCAUCUUUUUUUUUUAAUGCUAUUAAUACUGUUGUCUCUUCAUGCUGACUGUUUUGUUUUCUUAAAGUGCACCGAUAACUAUGAUCAAUGCUGUACCAACACCCCCCACCUUCAAGUGCUGUGUGUGGAAUGCUGCUGUAUGUAUGUAUGUAUGUAUGUAUGUAUGUAUGUAUUUCAUAGUGUAAUCCGAUCUACAUUAUUUAUGUUGGAAAGGAGUCGAGAAGAAAAGUAAUAGUGAGUGUAUUCCUGGGGAUAUGAGAUGUAUUUAUAAGCUUUGCAAGUGUUGUGAUGGUGUGUUUAAAAGAGAAGAGCAUGGGACUUGUGAGGGAGGGAUGGUUACAUAUUUAUUAACGUACUGUAUUGCCGAGUGUGUUGGUUGAGGAAAGUGUAUAAAAUAUUGAUAUGGUGCUGAUAUGAAACUGUGAAGAACUCACAUAUAAUGGUUUUGCAUAACAGGAGUGCUUUUUGGGCUUGAAAAAAAUGCUUCGCACUGCAGGUAGAGGGCAGCAUCAUCAAUAUAUAGCAGGGGUCGGGAACCUUUUUGGCUAAGAGAGCCAUGAAGGCCAGAUAUUUUAAAAUGUGUAUCUGUGAGAGCCAUAUACAUUUUUUUAAACAUUGAAUGCAAUAAAAUGUGUGCAUUUUUAUGUAAGACCAACAGUUUUAGAUAUAAUGGGCUCUAAUUACGUAGACCAGGCACACUACCCCACGCCAAUGGGGUGUGGCCAGCACACUUUCGUGAGCAGCGCAGUGUCUAAUAAUAAAUCUAAUACUUGUUGCCAUUAAUACAACUUCUGCUGCUGCAUAGUUUUGAACCGUAUUCAGUACACGUAUUUCAUUCUUUUGGCCAUCUUCGUCAAAAGGCUUGGUUCUGCAGCUUUAGCUAGGUGACUAUUUGACUAAAGGAGGAAAGUUUACAUUUACAUGUUUUUUUGACAUCUCAAUGACCGAGGUAGACUACCGCAUUAUCCAGUAAUAAUCGAGUUUUGGUGUUUGACCUGGAAAAUAUCAUCAAGAAAGAUGGAUAUGGUCGGCCGUAUUGCAGUAGAAAAUAGAUGGACGAAUUAAAAUGCAUAAGAAAGUUUUGAUUUUGAAUAUUAUUUUUAACAGUGAUUUCUGUGAUGUUUACUUUAAAAUGUUAGCAAAAAUACAUUUUUAUUGUGGUAAGAAAUGCUUGAGAGCCAGAUACAGUCAUCAAAAGAGCCCUACCUGGCUCCCGAGCCAUAGGUUCCCUACCUCUGAUAUAUAGUGAUCCUGCAUAUCAAAUGCACUUGUUGUCAAAUAACAUAAACUAAAGUGUCAAAAGUGUAAAUUCCAAGCGGAAGCUCCUCUGCCAUUUGGCGACUGCUCUUGUAACCUGCCCAACUAAUGCAGCACAACUAAUGAGGUUUACAAUAUUACUUAGGCAUGCUGAAGUUUAUAGAUUUUUACAUUUGAGUGGAUUUAGAAUGAGAACUGAGUUGUUGUCACACUGAUGUCUGCUGUUUAUCUGCAGUGUUGAGAGAAUACUGACUUAACCUUCAAAUGACAGUCAAUAUAGAAAGUUUAAAAUAGCUAUUAAAAUAUUUAAUUAGUUAAAAUAGCUUUUUUUUUCCAUGUUAGAUGUAAUCACUUAAAACCUGGGAAGGGGUCAAAUAUAUUCCCAAUUGAAUUGGUCAAUGCUAAGCGUAAACUCUCAUCUUUAAUUAACACAAUUGUAAUAAUUAAUGUAAAAUACAUCAAUAAAUUCAUAAUAGUUUAAAUGCUAUAAAGCAGGGGUGGGCACGCUUGAGUCGCUAAAGUAGUCAGAAGCCAUCCAAACAACACAACACAAACAAAUAUCUACACGCAACACCCAUGCCAAAUAAACACCCGUGCUGUAUAUUACUGCCACAAGGCAUGCUGGGUGGCUUGUUGUACUUUUUCUCGCAACAUUUUGCCGUGUGUGUUGAAUUUUUGCAAAAUAUGUUGAGGAGGUCGUCAGAGAAGUAAACAAGACGUUAACAUACUUUUGAUAUCCAGUGUUUUAUUGUUCAUAGUUCAUAUAGUGGUUGCAGCUGGACUACCCAGCAUGCCUUGCGGGCAUUUGGAAUUUACAUUUUUAAGUUACGUGCUAUGUUUUUGUGCUUAGUUGAUGAUUUAUUUAUGUAUUUAUUUUUAUUCAUGUUAACUUGCUAUGGAUGUGUUGUGUUUCCGUUUCGUUGCACCGUGAGCAAGUAUGACAUUCUGCUUAAAGCCACUUUAUAUAGACCGCACCGCCACCAAAUUUUUUUUAUCACAAUGUGGCCCGCGAGUCCAAAAGUUUGCCCACCCUUGUUAAAAAUAAAUGAAAAAAAAAAAAAAAGACAAGUAAAAUUUAAAUAAGGGUUGUAAUUUAUAAAUUUAUUUAACUUCUAGGUCCAGCUAUAUUUUGCCCCCCCCCCCCCUCAAAAAAAAAUCAAGCAUCUGGGAAUAUGUGUAAGGUGCAAUGAAACCGGGGUUAAACUUUUAAAAUACAAUUCAAAAUGUAUUUUUGUGGUGUUCACUAUCUAAUCGCUAUCGUUGGUGGUUAUCAAAAAUGGCCUCACAUGACCCCUUCAGUGUGUUUGGUGAUAGCGCCGGCCCUGGAUGCAUUGCACAAUGGCACCCUGCUGAUAAAGUCACUACAAAAGUUUAGCUUUCGUCACUGUUUGUGCCACAAUAAAAGAGUGCAAAAGUGAUGAAGCCAUAAAUAAGAAGGAACCUGGAGCCGCCUCCUCAUCUAUGUGUUCUAUUUCUACACAUCUGUCUGUCGCUGAUGUUUUAACCAACAGGAAAUAAGUUUUAGUGAUCAGAGUGAUGCCCAAUAAAGUGAAAGUAUGGGAUCACAGGGCGACACCAGAAGGGUCCUGCCAUCAGCCGCAGGCGGCCAUUGUGGGGGCUCCUUCUUAUUAUUAAUGUCACUUUUAGGAUUAUUAUCUCAUGGUAAUGCUGACUGUCUUCAUUAAAUCAUGGUAAACAUUGUGCUUCUUAAGAGAAAAAAAAUAAGAGAAAGAGAGAGAUAUGUGUGUGGUCAUUUUUUUGAACCUGAUUUCAAUAAUAUGCUUUAAUAAAUUAUGGACAUUGUC